GUAGUAAAAUUGACAACUGUCUGAAGAAAAGCGCAGCAUGCUAUGAAACUGAAGGGGUAUAUACCAUGACGUCUCGUAGUAACAGCGUGUGUAGUCAGUACACUGUGUUGUAAACCACUGUCUGGUACUGACGACAUCUCACUGUCAACACGGAAGGAGGGGGCGGCACAGGUGAACGUUUGUCGUCAUCAUUUGGAAUCCUGGUCUGAUUCGAGUGUAUGUGAUGUGCUCUAGCAGUGUUGAAGAGUUUGUUGUGGGGUGAGAUGCCAUCACACAGCCACUCCAUCAAACAACUCCAACAGUGUCUACAUAACGGUGUGUGAGUGCUUUUGUCUGUCAUCAAAUGACAUUUGAUGUUAAAUUGCCCAGAAACCUACAAGAACACUUCCAGAAGUCAAAAAUAAGACUGACAGUAAGGUAUACAACCAUGUCAUCCAACAGAGGUAGAGCUAAUACAAGCAGUAAGAAGUCCCAGUCCAGGAAGGAUGGAAAGAGCAAACAAGCACCUGGUGGUAACAAGGGAGGAAGUGUAGGUAACCAAAACAGGAGUGGACUGUACACCUGUGAGGCAUGUAACACAGGAUACCUCCGAGGUCUUGCUUCUCUACACCUCCAUCAGCGCCGUCUGUGUCCUGUUCUCACUCGAUCCAACCUGUUUUACUGUGAUCAGUGCGGACAUGGGAUCUUCAGAGGUGAGAGCAGCCUUGACCUCCAUAAGCGGAGACUGUGUACCAAGGUUCCCAAAGUGGUCUUCACACAGGCAGUAGAAGAUGCAGGAGGUGCAGCAUAUGUGGAGGGAGAGGAAGAUGAAGAAGAGGGGGUAGAGGAGGAAGAGGGGGUAGAAGAGGAAGAGGAGGAAAGUGAUGAUGAGCACACAUUUUGAAGAAUAGGAUGAACCUGGGAAAAGAGGAAGACUUCAAGGGUCAAGAGGAGUUGAACAUAACUGACUGUCAUGUUGCAUUUUACAUGUUCAAAUCUUGGUUAGAAUAGGUCUUCAGCAACCCAUGCUUGUCCUAAGAGGCGACUAGCAGAGUCAAUAUUCAUCACGUGACAGGUCCAUACUGAUUAUGUGAUGAGGCAAUAUUCGAGGUCAGGGUCAGUCACACGAUUUGGGGGUCUACAUUGAAAUGUAUUGUUGCGUCACGUGGUAUGUAUUAACCAAUGGAAUUCUUAAUAGUGUUAUAACAAACACACACACGACCUCAUCUCAGGGCCUGUGGCCUCCGUCCGGUCAGACCACCUCAGGUGUCAUGUCCUUGGGUCCUUGUUUUCACAUAUUGGCCUCAUCAAGAGUAAUUAUUUGUUUAGUAUAAAUAUGUUUAUCACAUCUCCAUGUCAGAAUGAAGAGAUCCAAUUGGUCUGUGUGAUCUUGAUAAAAUAGUAUGUAUCUCGCCUGUGAGGGAAAUAAAUUUCUGAGCGGGAGAAUAAAUCCCUUAUACUCGGCUACGAGGAAAACAGGCUAUACCUGGAUUUUUCCGAGUCAAUGAAAGUCACGUAACAUAGCACAAGUGAACCUCAGCUCACUUUGACAGCUGUUUUCUAUCAAUUUUGAAUGUGUUUUAAUUCUCUCACAAUAGCAGAUAAAAACAGAUGGUAAGAUAAAUUCGUUGUAGCAGUAUCACGAGGGGUACAUGGGGUUACAUGCCUCCCUUACCCCAUGCACCCCUUGUGAUCCUGCCCGUGACUGCAGCAACUUAUAAUGCAUUAUGUUUUGAUGCAUCUUUCAACAUAUGAAUAGGAUUUGUAUGUAAUAUUAUACUGAUGGCUGUUCUGGCCUAACAACCGAAAUCUAUGAUUGUUUUGUGUAAUAUAUGCUUAGAUAAAGUGACGCUCAUGGUAUACAGUAAAUGCCAAAUGUAAUAAAGUAAUGGUAUGAUUGUUUCAUUAUAGAUUCUUAUCAUUGUAUAUCAGUACAUAUAUCUGGUGCUGGGAUCUUCAUAUCCCCAAUUGGAGAACGGAAUAAAUCCAAUGAAGCCCCAA